AUGUCAGAGAAUGCUUAUGAUUUGAAAAGCUAUUCAAGUUCUAAUUUAAAAAAUGAUACUCCUGGCUCACAAGGAACCAAGCACGGUUAUGACGCAGAAGAAGAGGGCGACAAAGAAUAUAAUGCGGAUCAGACGGUUGUUAGUGGCAAAAGUACCGAUUGG